AUGAAUAUUACUAACAAUUUAACAACUCUAUUUAAUGUCUUUGUCACAGAAAACGGUAAUAUCUAUGUUGACCUGAGUUUCACUCUAUAUGUUGCUGAUUGCACCAACGAUCGAAUACAACGUUUGCGUGUAAAUCUUCAAAUGGUUUUACGGGAAAUAUGCAAAAACCAAUGGCUCUGCGACAUAUUAACUGAGCUACACCGUCAAAUGACAUAUGGAAACAGUGAGAAUCUCAUUCUCAAUCCAAGAAGAUUUUCGAUUGACCUUGACGGAAACACGAUCAACUACUGGAUGCACUUAAUCGAAUACGCACUAGCCAAUAAGACCAAAAGUACAUGUUCUUGCAGAAUCUUUGUAGCUUUUAAAUAUUUCGUAUCGUAUAAAAUUGAACAGCAAUAA